AUGUGGAAACAGAGGAGCCCAGAAGCAGAAGCCAACAACUUGCCACCAGGGUCGCUGGGACUUCCGGUCAUCGGCGAGUCCAUCAGCUUCGCCAUCAAAAAGGUAGCUUUCUUCAAGGAGCGACAUGAGCGCUUUGGACGCAUCUUUAAAACAAAUCUGUUUGGAAAACGAACGGUCCGUGUAUACGGGGCCGACAAUAUCCGGAAACUGGUUAGCGGAGAAGGCCAAAUAGUUAGAUCUAGUUAUCCGACGUCCGUCCGCAAAUUACUCGGGGACCAGGCGCUAUCAAUGAGCCAUGGCGACGUGCACAAGGAGAAGAAAACUCAACUCAUGAAAUAUCUGAGUCCAGAGUUUUUCCACAAUCACUGUCCAAUUCUUGCCAAUACCAUCGCUGAACGUGUUCAAAAAUGGCAACACCAGUCGCCCAUUGAUAUUCACUUCGAGACUAGGAAGCUGUUUAUGGAGCUAGCGGCAAGGUUCCUCAUCAACAUUGAUAUUACCGGAGAGGUCAUUGAACAGUUAAUGAAAGAGUUGGAAAUCUUCACUGAUAACGUCUUUUGUCUUCCGUUCAACAUUCCAGGAUUUGGCUUCCAUAAGGCAACAAAAGCAAAACUACGAAUGCGAGAAAUCAUCGCUUCGUCUCUGACCGAGUCCGUCAACAAUAACGACACCGACGGCCUGAGUUCUGUCUUACAAGGAUUGAAGGCUGAGACUAACGAUGUCCCGAUCCAUGAAAACUAUGCCUUGCUGGACUCCAUCAUCGACCUACUUUUCUCCGGAAGUGAAACAGUGAGCUCGGCCGGCUUUUCCCUCCUCCACCAACUGUCAAAACAUGAGAAUGUUUCUGAACGUCUUCGCCAGGAGGCUCACUCACAUGGUCUCGUGAAAUUAGAGGAACCAGUCUGUGCACGUGACGUUCAGGAUAUGCCGUUUGUGGAUGCGGUUGUCAAGGAAACGCUCAGAAUAUUGCCACCAGUUGGGGGUGCGUUUAGAGAGGUCCUGCAAUCGUUUGAACUAGAGGGAUAUACAAUACCGAAGGGAUGGACUGUUGUCUUUGGCAUUCGUGAAACCCAUGAAAGAGAUUCAACUGUAACCAGUACAUCUACAUUCCUCCCAGAGCGCUGGCUCCAUGACAAAAACAGCUCAAGCAGUAGCCCAACCAUGUUCCCGUUUGGUGGAGGCGCAAGGGUGUGUCCGGGACAAGCGUAUGCCAAAAUGAUUCUGAAACUGUUCACCGUAGAGUUGUCUCGAUCCUCUGCAUUAGAACUUGUACAAGACAGUCCCCUGUGUUUUUGGCCAAGCCCCAAACCUGUGAACAAAGUGCUAGUCAAUGUAGAUUUGCACCAUCAAUGUCAUGAUAGAACGUGUGAAACUGAUGCGCUUUGUGCAGUACCGUCACAGGGUCUCAUGUGUUCAUGCAAACAGGGUUACGUGUUUCUGGACGAGACGGAGGAUGUUUGCGUAGACAUGGACGAAUGCGCGCGCCACAUGCAUGACCCUUGCAGCCAUAGAGGAAGAUGUGUCAACACUGUCGGUGGCUACAGGUGCGAAUGCUUGCAUGGCUGGGACUUGGAACAUGAACACUGCAAAAAGAAAACAUCGCAAGACGCGAAAUGCAUGCCGGGUUACACGGGGGAUCAUUGCCAGGAAAUUGUGAGUGCGAAGAAGGCUGGACUAAAACAAAUCCCAGCGAUCCGAAGGGAAAGUGUGACGCUGAUGUGA